CAUCCAACUUUGCCACUUUCGGCCAGAGACCACUGAAAAUGACUCCCAAGAAGACUGCCGCUCCCUUCCUAUGGUUUUCCUUUUGCUUUGGAAAUAUUCUGGAGGCAGUGGUGCUUGGAUCGGUGCAGUACCCCUCCGGCGCGCCUGAUAACGGUCUCCGCUCACAUCUGGAUGCGCGCGGUCCAGGGGAAAGCAGCGCAAUCUCCCGGAACGACUCAACAUCUGUUCAUGUCCCAUCUUACAUGAUCUCUCUGUACAGGACUCUAUCUGAACUGGACAGACGAGGAAAUAACAGCAGCCUAACGCGCACCAGAAGAUAUGCCAAUACGGUUACCAGCUUCGUGGAUCUGGGGCAAGAUGAUCCAUCUCUGAAGUUGCACCAGCAGUACACAUUUGAUCUGUCUGGCCUGUCACGAGGAGAUGAAUUGAUGGAGGUGGAGCUACGGGUUCUGAGGAGGCGUCCAUCUGACGUCUUAAGUUUACUUUCCAAUGGUGGGAACCUAUACCGAUUACUCCUCCACACCUGCCCCGUUUUGGGAUCACAGCAGCCUCUGCUCCUUACCUCCAGGACCAUUGAUCUCCUAGAUACCACUUCAGCUACGUGGGAUGUGUUUGACGUUGGUGAGAUUGUGAAAGCGCACCUCAGGUUGCACAGGAAAACAGAAGGCGGCAGGCAUUUGUGCUUUAGCGUAGCCGCUGUUUCAGAAACAAAUAACAUAGCGGUGCGUCCUUCUCUUCUGGGUCUCGGCCACAUGGAUCGGCAAACCAACGAAAGGGCCUUGCUGGUGGCUUUUUCGCGGGCGCGUAGGAAGGAGAACCUUUUCAGGGAGAUCCGUGAGAAGAUCAGGGUUAUGAAAAGUCAUACGUUUCCGGUCCACGGUAUAAAGGAGGGUCACCCCAGACAUCGAAGGAGGAGAAGGAUGACGCUACCGGGACGUUCUGGUGGAGCAGGUCCAAGCGGUAGUGGUGGCGGAAAGGGAAGUGGCAGGAGGAGAACGCGGUGCAGCAGGAAACCUCUUCACGUGAACUUCAAGGAACUGGGUUGGGACGACUGGAUUAUCGCGCCGCUGGAUUACGAAGCGUAUCACUGCGAGGGCUUGUGCGACUUUCCGCUGCGUUCACAUUUGGAGCCGACCAACCACGCCAUCAUCCAGACGCUUAUGAACUCUAUGGAUCCGGAGUCCACGCCUCCUAGUUGUUGCGUACCUUCCAAACUCAGUCCGAUUAGCAUCCUGUUUAUCGACUCUGGAAAUAACGUUGUUUACAAACAGUAUGAGGACAUGGUGGUGGAGAGCUGCGGGUGCAGGUAGCAAUGUGAGUAAGGGGUGAACUACCCCUGGACUUUAUCCAAGAGCCGCCUCGUAUGAUGAGGCCAAG